AGGACGUCAGCAUGAGACAGCUGCAGGUUUCCAUCCUAAUUUCUGCCCUUCCUCGGGAUCCGAAACAUUUGAGGUGAGCAAGCAAUGUGUGUGUCAUGGGAAAUGAGAAGGAUGGACAAAAGCAAUGGUUAUAAAGGGAGAUAUUUCUCAACACAGGGACUGCAAAGGUGUAGAAGUCUUCAGAGAAACUGUGAACAUGUGUUUGGUCUUGGACACAAUGAGUGACAGAAAUCCUAAAGGAAAAUCCAUCUGAACUCAGGAUUAUACUUAGAAGCAGGCAAGAAAAACGUGGCACUAAAACAAAGGAUUGAAUUUAUGCUGAAUCAGAGCUGGCUCUCCUGUGACCCUGCAGCCACUCAAGGAUGACCUAACCAGCAAAAUGGCAGUGGAAAUGUGAUCAAUGGCAGCUGAGCUUCCUAGAUAUUCCUCUGAAGAAAGAAGCAGGUCUGACAUCUCCAAAUAAGUCUUUGAAAAAAGAUGAUUUUUGCCCAAACUAAAUGACGUGUCUUUGCCCUUUGAAGCAAAGGCUGAAUAUGUUGCUUGCCCAUGAUAUGGAGAACAAUGCUGCUCCCCUUCUUUCCCCAACUUCAGGGCUGCUGCAGCAGAACCGCCACCAUGAAGAAACCUCUAGCCCCCUGGCAAGCAAUGAGAUGAUUGUUUUACCCAAGGACCACGGGCUUGAGAAAAAUGGUACAGCCUCACCGUAUGAGUUGAUGCAAGGAGAGAUCAUAGCAGCCAGCCUGCUUUUUGGAGCCUUAUGGCUAUUCUCCAUCUUUGGAAACUCCCUGGUUUGCCUGGUGAUCCACAGGAGCAGGCGGACUCAGUCUACCACCAAUUACUUUGUGGUCUCCAUGGCCUGUGCAGACUUACUGAUCAGCGUAGGAAGUGCUCCCUUUGUGUUUCUUCAGCUAGCCUCUGGGAGCUGGGCACUUGGAAGCAUGAUGUGUAAGCUAGUAAGGUAUUUUCAGUAUCUCAUCCCUGGUGUCCAGAACUAUGUGUUGCUUUCCAUCUGUGUGGACAGAUUCUAUACUAUCGUCUACCCGCUAAGUUUCAAGGUGUCCCGGGGGAAAGCCAAGAAAAUGAUUGCAGCCUCUUGGAUCUUCGAUGCCGCACUAGUGUCUCCAGCUUUCUUCUUUUUUGGGUCAGGUUGGGACAACCAUUGCAACUUUUUCCUGCCAUAUUCUUGGGACGGGGCUCUUUAUGGUACCAUCCAUUUGUUGGUGGCUUUUCUGAUUCCAUCUGUUCUGAUCAUCCUUUUUUACCAAAAAGUAAUAAAAUAUAUUUGGCGGAUAGGUACAGAUGGUAGGACGGUUCGGAGGACUAUGAACAUAGUUCCAAGGACAAAGGUGAAAACUAUCAAGAUGUUCCUAAUCUUAAAUUUGCUUUUUCUGCUCUCGUGGCUCCCAUUUUAUGUGGUUCAACUUUGGCAUCCACUUGAGACAGACUACAGAAAGAGCUCCUUGGUCUUUAUGUCAGUCACUUGGAUAUCCUUUAGUUCCUCUGCUUCAAAGCCUACAUUGUACUCUGUGUAUAAUGCAAACUUCAGGAGAGGGAUGAAAGAGACCUUCUGCAUGUCCUCUAUGAAAUGCUACCGGAGCAAUGCAUAUACCAUCACCACCAGUUCAAAGAUAGCAAAAAAAAAUUAUGUGGGGAUCUCCGAAAUCCCUGCACCAGCCAAAACUGUUUCCAAAGACUCCAUAUAUGAUUCAUUUGAUAGAGAAGCAAAAGAGAAGAAGCUUGCCUGGCCUAUUAAUUCAAACCCAACAAAUACAUUUCUCUGAUUAAUUCCAGUCCUUUCAACAAUUAUUUGCACAACUGGAGCAAAGAACUAUGAAAAGAUUCGAUUGAUUUUUGAGCUGGGGGGGCAGGUUUGCAUACAAUUUGGCAGGGAGAAUAAAUGUUUUCUUUUCUGAAAUCCAUUGAUUUAUUGUAUACUGGAUGUUUUCUGUUUUUGUUUUAAAUAGCUAUUUCAUGCUCUCUGAUUUUAAAUUUAUUUUUCAACUGAUGGGAGUACUGCCGAUUGAACUGUUAAUGUAAAAAGCAGUAGUAAACUCAUCAAUUACUUCACAGCAAAAGUGUCCUGCUAAAGACAGACCAUCUUGUUAUGUCUCCUCUAUUUGCCUUUGGGGGAUGUGUUGGAGAGCCUUUUAGGAUAUCUAGAGCCAAGUGGUUUUCACCCUUUCCCAAUCUAGAAGAGAGGAUGCAUCUUGGCUGUAGUGACACUACUUACAGUGUAGUGUGUAAGCAUGUCAAUGCACACACAUUGGCAUGAAAUGCUAGUGCACUGCUUCCUUUCCCCCAUCCCAAUAAUCAUCUACACUGACAAUAAAACUUGCUAAAUGCGUUUGACUUGCAGCUACUCCUUAAGUAAAGCCAGAUCAGUUCUGAGUUUAAACAUGGGAGGAUCUCUGAGAAUUGCAGUCCUAUGACAAAGACUAGGGAAACGCCUGCACAGGUGGUCCUAUAGCUGAGUGGCCCUGUCUAACUCCCACUCCUGGGAGGUCUCCUCUGUACGCAGAGCCUAUGCAUUAUGAGGGAAAUGGACCUGUGGAACGGGGGCUUCUAGUAAAAGGAUUGUAAGAGCCUCAUGACAUGGGACCUCUUUUGAAGUAAGGCUGCCACGACUAAUCAAAG